CAAUUUUUUUUUUCUUCUUUAAGGGUAAAGUUCCUAAAUGCAGAAGUUAUCAUCUUGUAUUUCUAGCUGGUUGUAUGAUUCUAGAGUACAUUAUUCAAGAACUACCUGGUAUCAGUGAUGAUUUCUUUCGUUAAUGUUUGAUCAAUAAUCCUUUAGUUACCAGAAAACAGAGCAUGAGUGGAAAUCGUGGCUUUUAUGAAAUCAAGAUUUGUGACCAUAUUAAUUAUGUGGUGGCUCAUCGUUGCCACAAAAUCUCUCUAUAUAAGGGCAUGGUUUAUCAAGGACAUCAAGAAGGAUUCAAUAAAAAGGAGAAAAAGAUUAGAGAAUGUUUUAAGUGAGAGACAGUGAAUCUAGGUUCUGGUUUUUACAAAGAAGAGUUUUCUUUAAGAAAUAGGUGACACAUGUUUGAGCAACUCUUAUUGUUUUUAUACUCCUAGCAUUAUUGUUUAUGCUUUUGCAUAGUAUGUGCUUUUGGUAUACUAAGGAUUCCAACUUCUGAUUUGGUGCAGAUUGAGAGUGAUACUUCAUUGUAAUUGUUCAUUUUUUUUUUUUAUUUGUCUCAUUAAAAUUCUUCCUUUGCCAACCAUCUUGAAUCUCUUGCUUUUACUGUUCCUGCAUUGCUAUUUUUCAUCUAUAUUUUGUAGUAAAUGCUGAUAAAUAGCGCUUAGCUCCAACACCAUGUUGAUGAAUAUCUUGUAUUCUAAUGUCUUAUCAAGAAAAGCUCAAGUUUGGCCAUACUUGGUUGAACUAAACAUUAUCUCUUGUCAUUCUUGGCAAGUUUGUUGCCAUAGUUGCACACAAACUCAUAUUGAUAAUAUUGUGUAAUAAAGACAUAUUGAAAAGAAUUACGAUACAAACUUGAUAUGGAUGAAACAAUACAAUUCUUAAACAACAUAGCAAGGGCAAUCAAAAGAAGAAUCUUAUAAACACCAAAACAAUGGUAAUAUAUGGUAGAAUAAUCCAAACUUAGAAAAUUAGAAAAUGUAUACAGUUGGUUAAUUUACCAAACCAUGUAUAAGGAAAUAAUUAUACAUGAAAACUGAGUGUAACUAGCUAUACAUAGAAAUUAAUGGAUAAAAGAAGAGGCAAUCAGCUUUGUGUAAGUUAUGUGUCAUCAUUGGUAAUUGUGUAGAAUCCUCCAUAAUUCAUUGAUGUAGACUGCUCUGUUAAUUGACAAUUUUUAACAUAUACAGUGUGCAUUCUUAGUAUACUGGCCAUCAUCUCUUUGUAUCUUCCUCUCUUUCUAUUGUGGGAUUGUUAUGACUACAGGGUGGCUUUCAUAAAGGAUGGAGAUAAGUCAGGUCUUUUGUUCGUUUGCGGAGACGCAUUGCAGCAACGUUGCCAAGUGUUUCCAGGGCCCCAUGUACACGUGGAUGAUCUCCAUCGUUCUUAUCGAUGUAUUAUAUUAAUCAUCUUGCAUACCAUUUUUGUUGUGAAAAUCCUAAGAAGCUGUACAGAAGGGAAAGAGUAGAUGGGAAGAAUGGAGAUGAUGAUCUUGGAGAUCUUUUCUUCUAUUCUCAUUGGAUUUAGCUUCAUGGCCUUGUACUUAUACUAUAUAAUUUGGAUGAGACCUGAAGGAAUCCGCAGGAAGAUGAAACAGCUGGGGAUCAGUGGCCCCCCUCCCUCCUCUUUCUUUUCUGGAAACAUGGAAGACAUAAAGAAGUUCAUGCUGGAGAAGGAGAGCCCAAGAGGAACAAUAACGCAUGAUUACUCUGUUUUUCCGCAUUUUGAUCACUGGAUCAAGGAUUAUGGGCCAGUUUUUGUGUUCACAAUGGGUAAUAUGCCUAUAAUGCAUGUAAGCAACUCAGAUUUAGUUAAGGACAUAAGACAUUAUUUAUCAAUAGACUUAGGAAGAAAUACAUUCCUAAAGGAGACACUCAAACCUCUCUUGGGUGAUGGUAUUUUCAAGGCUAAUGGGGAGACUUGGUCUCAUCAGAAAAGAAUCAUAGCCCCUGAGUUCUACCUAAACAAGGUUAAGGGCAUGUUGGAUUUGAUGGUGGACUCAGCAAGCUCAUUGCUGAAGUUAUGGGAGAGUAGAAUGGAGGAUGGCGGAGUGGAAAUGGAGGUUUAUGAGGAUUUGAGAAACUUUUCAGCUGAUGUGAUAUCUAGAGCAUGUUUUGGCAGUGAUUAUUUGAAAGGGGAAGAGAUUUUCUCGAAGCUCCGAGCUCUUGAGGAAGCGUUAUCUAAACCUAAUUUGUUAGCCGAGAUCACUGGUUUCAGGUUUAUUCCAAGCAAGAGCAACAAAGAGAUAUUGAAACUAGAAAGAGAAGUGAACUCAUUGAUACUGGAGAUGGUGGAGGGAAGAAAGGCUUCAGAGGAGAAGAACUUAUUGCAAGCAAUCCUUGAGAGUGCCAAAGAGGGCUUCACCGCCCUAAAUAAAAAGGCAAAGAAAUUCAUAGUGGACAGCUGCAAGAACAUUUACUUUGCCGGCCAUGAGACCACUGCUGUUGCUGCGUCCUGGUGCUUGUUGAUGCUUGCUCUUCAUCCAGAGUGGCAAGAUCUUGUUCAUGCUGAAGUCACUGAAGUUUGUGAUGUCCUCUCACUAGACAUGCAAUCCCUCCAAAAGAUGAAGAUUCUAACAAUGGUGAUCCAGGAGACGCUGAGGCUUUACCCCCCUGGUCUCCUAAUCACAAGAGAGUCCCUUAAGGACAUGAAGAUUGGUGAGCUCCAAAUCCCCAAAGGCCUUGGCAUCUACAUUCCUGUGCCAACUCUGCAUCGAGAUCCCGACAUUUGGGGCCCGGAAGCACUCAUCUUCAGUCCUGAGAGGUUUGCUCAUGGUGUCACCAGUGCUUGCGGUAUUCCACAGGCAUACAUUCCAUUUGGAGUUGGAACUCGGACUUGUCUCGGUCAGCACUUUGCCAUGCUUGAGCUCAAGAUUGUUCUUUCACAUAUUCUUGCAAGGUUUUCUGUCUCUGUCUCUCAGAACUACCACCAUUCCCCUGUCUCCAGGCUCAUGCUGAAGCCAGAAUUUGGAAUCAAACUUAUUGUUAAAAAGGCUUGAUCUUUUGUAUUAUCAUUUUCGUUCUGUCUGUGAAUUUCAGCUCUGAAGAACUAGUUAUCGUCUUGUAUUUCUAUCUAGUUAUAUGAGUUUGAACAACCUUAUGUAAUACAAUAGUUGUGAAACUUCAAAUGAUAAUCUAGCGCAGCAAACUCAUUGCAGGGAAACCUUUCCAUCAGUCUAGACUUCAGCCUGG